AGGGACUUUCGAAAAGCUACUCAAAGGCGGGGAUGAUGAUGUACUCUCGCUUGCGUUCCUCACUCCCUCACCUCUUGUCGCUGAGGCUUCUGGGUACUACGGCCUCCAGGAUGACGGUGGCGGUCAAGAAGCCCGACCGCCUCUCGGCGACUCUGGCCUUUGAGGAUCCGAGUGCCUUCAGGGUGAAGAGUUUGGGAGAGCUGCUCCGAGCUCUGGGAAUCUUCCAUCUCUGCUCCUUCUCUGUGCUGGUCAACAACAGUGGGAAGCUGAUGUCGGUGGCGCGCAGGCUGCUGGGGAGGAGGGCGUUUUCCUCCCUGCUGCGUCCCACCGUGUAUGCCCAGUUUGUGGCCGGGGAGAAUGAGAGUGAGAUCUCUCAGUCCAUGGAGAAGAUGAGCCUGCUGGGACUCAGGCCCAUGCUGGCCGUACCCAUCGAGGAGGAUCUGGGAGAGAGCACAGGAGAGAAGAGAUAUGAUGAUAACAUGGAGGCCAUGCUGGAAUGUGUACAAAUAUCCCACAGUAACACCUGGAGCAGAGACCCCAUGAUGCAGCUGAAGGUCACAGCGCUGCUCAGCCCGGAGCUGUGUGUGAAACUCACAACCCUCAUCGCACAACAACCAUACGACCUGAAUCUACUUGUACGAGCUAUGGAUGGAGAGCAAAUCAACUUCCCUGGUUUAGAUGAAAGUGACGUUGCUCAUUUCCUCUGUAGCCUGCGGAGACUCAACCAAAUAGCAGAGGCAAGUGUGAACAAAGUCAGAGUUCUGGUGGAUGCAGAAUACACCUACAUGAACCCUGCCCUCUCUCUUGUCACCAUGGCGAUGAUGAAGAAGUUUAACAAAGAUGGCGCCUGGAUCUGGAACACGUAUCAAUGUUACCUGAAGGAGUCCAGGUCUCUCCUGUUAGAAGCGCUGCGUCUGUCAAAGACUGAGGGUUUCUGUCUGGGGGUCAAGCUGGUGCGAGGAGCCUACAUGGACAAAGAGAGGAAGCUGGCAGAGAAGCAGGGUCGCCCGGACCCCGUCCACAGGUGCUGGGAGGACACCAAUGACAGUUAUAACGGCUCGCUGGAUGUGAUGCUGGAAGACAUUUCCAAGAAGCCGGAGAGCAACAGAAUUAUUGUCGCCACUCACAACGAGGAGUCAGUGAGACGAGCCGCCAAACGGAUGGAAGAGUUGGGGAUUGCCAACGAUGGAGACUCCGUGUGUUUCGGGCAGCUGCUGGGCAUGUGUGACCACGUCUCCCUCACAUUGGCUAAGGAGGGUUAUGCCGUGUACAAGUCAGUGCCCUACGGCUCGGUGGACUACACGCUGCCCUACCUGGUGCGUCGGGCUCAGGAGAAUCAGACCGUGUUGCAGGGAAUCCGCAAAGAGAGGGACCUUCUGAGGAAAGAGCUGUUCAGGAGGCUGACUCUCAGGGGGGGCCGCUCAUAGGCCCCAUGCAAGGAUGGAAAACAGAGGAGAGACAUUAGUACUGAAACACUGGACACCACCAUAUUAAGAGCUCCCCAUCAGGACAUGAUGUAGAAUAAGGGAGCAACAAUAUACAUUUAUAUAUCUGGAGUUGUUAGAGAUGUUAUAGAGCUUAUAUGAAAGUUACAACCUAUUGUAUGCAAAUGAAGCACAACAUUUGAAAUAGGUAAAAUAGUUGAUCAAAAUGUAUGUAGCCUAUACUAUUAGGAAAUAUACCUUCAUGGCAACUGAGAACAAUAGGUGCAACAGUGUUUUAAGUUCCAUGGAAAAGAUGCUCAAAUACAUGCUGCUGUAAAUGAAAAACUGUUAAGAUCUGUUUUAUAAUAAAGUCCGU